AUGGAUGAAGACGAAAUUUCAGAAAGAUUUGAUUUUGAUCAAACCGAUUAUGAAUUUGCUACGGGAACAAGACGUUUUAAAAGACAAACAGAGGAGGAAAGAAUUUAUGGAAUUUGGGCCAGAGAUGAGGACAGUGAUGACGAUGUUAGACCUUCAUUUAGUUCAGGGAAGAAGAGGAAAGAAGGACCUGUUAGAUUUGUGUCUGUUGGUGUUGAAAAGACAUCAAAGGAGUCUACAUCAACCGAAAAUGAUGAAAUCACAAUAGAAGCACGUCCAGAAAAACGUUCAAAACCACCUUUUGAUCAAAGAUCAACUAGUUCUGUUGGAAGUGAAGUCUUUGCCGGUUUCAGAAAUGCUGCUUUUCAAUUUGCUAGUGCAUCUGGUGCAGAUGCUGGAUGGUUAAAGUCUGGAAAAGGAAAUGUUGUUAUGCAAAUGAUGCAGAAAAUGGGUUAUGAACAAGGAAAGGGCCUUGGAAAGAGCAAACAAGGAAUUGUUGAACCAGUUCAGGCUGUCCAAAGGCCUGGACGUGGGGCAGUUGGCGCUUAUGGAAGUGAAGCUAAAGGGCCUAGAUUUGGAGAAUCAGCAGCAGAGGCCCAGAAUCGGAUUAACCAAAGUGGAAGUUUAAAUAAUCUUUCUGAAGCAGAGACAGCACAAUUUCCUGCGAGAGGAACAUGGCGCAAAAGCAAUGCAGGAAAAGUUCGAAUUCAAUACAAAACUUUAAAUGACGUGAUAAGUGAAGGAGAAAAUCAAAGAUUUGGUGAUGGUGGAUUUGGGGCAGUUAAUGCUGUUGGAAAGAUUAUUGACAUGACAGGCCCUGAACAGCGUAUUUACGAGGAUUUUAAUUCCUUUUCCAGAAGAGCCAGAAUGCCAAUAAUAGCGGAUGUGGAAAGGGCAAACUUCAACGUUCCCGAAUUAACACACAAUUUAAAUACUUUGUUAGAUGUUACUGAAGAGGAAAUUUGUAAAACUGAUAGACAAGAUCAAAACGAAGUUUUAUUGAAUGAGCAAAAUCGAAUAGAGGACGAAUUGGCUGAAAGUAAAGCAGAAAUUGUUAGACUUGAGGAAGUUUACAGUAUUGUCAAACAAUUUUAUCAAGAAUCUUCACUUGAAAAUUCUACAUUGGAGGAAUGCAGGGAAUUGUUUAUUACUUUGAGAGAAAAAUAUUCUGUUGAAUAUACUUUGUAUGGACUUGAUGCUAUUGCAAUUCCUGUUUUAUUACCAAAGAUAAGUAAAUAUUUCUCUACAUGGGACCCGCUUGAUCCAGAACACGCUUCUUACGGUUUCGAAAUGAUGGAAGAUUGGAAAGAAAUAUUGGGAUCAACAAAAGGCGGUUCUUUAUUCAAACAUUUUGAUAAAGAUUCAAACGCCUCAAUCUCUGCUUAUGAUCAUUGUAUUUGGAGUGGGUGGAUGCCUAGUAUGCGCCGAGCAGCUCUUACUUGGAAUCCAAGGGAUAAUGGCCCGGUUAUGGUCAGUCUAGUACAGAAAUGGAUGCCUAUAUUGCCUAAUUGGGUGCUAGAAAAUUUACUUGAACAGGUUUUGGCCCCUAGAAUUAAAAUUAAAGUAGAUGAUUGGGAUCCAGUGACCGAUCCAGUUCCAAUUGAAACAUGGCUGCAUCCUUGGCAUGCAAUUAUGGGAGAUCGUCUGUUACAUACAUAUGCGACGCUCAGGCAAAAACUUGCGAAAGGAUUGAAUAGUUGGCUUCCUGGAGAUAGAAGGUUUGGAAUUCUUUGGAUUUUGAUUUAUAGUCAUUCUUAUGCGGAAAAGCAAAGGACUCCUCCUUCCCCAAAGCUAAUUAUUAGUUCUUAAAGAAUCCUUUGUAGGAAUCUUUUGUUUGUUCAUCCCCUAUAUUGUCCUAUUGAAUUACGACUCUUGUUAUGCCCCUAAUCUUUUCAUUUUUACCUGCGAGGUAAACAAUGGUUC